AUGGACAAGAUCCUGGAGGCCGUGGUGCUGUCCUCGUACCCGGCCAGCGUGAAGCAGGGGCUGGUGCGGCGCGUGCUGGAGGCGGCGCGGCGGCCCCUGGAGCGGGAGCAGUGCCUGGCGCUGCUGGCGCUGGGCGCGCGCCUCUACGUGGACGGCGCGGACGAGCUGGCGCGCCGCGCGGGCUGCCAGCUGCUGCACGUCGCCGGCCGCCACCACCCCGAGGCGUUCGCCGAGUUCUUCAGCGCGCGCCGCGUGCUGCGCCUGCUGCAGGGGGGCGCCGGCCCCCCGGGCCCCCGCGCGCUCGCCUGCGUGCAGCUCGGCCUGCAGCUGCUGCCCGCGGGGCCGGCGGCCGAGGAGGUGAGCGCGCUGCUGCGGCGCGAGGUGCUGCGCGCCGUGUGCGAGCGCCCGGGGCCCGCGGCCUGCGCGCAGGUGGCCCGGCUGCUGGCGCGCCACCCGCACUGCCUGCCCGAGGGCCCGCACCGCCUGCUCUUCUGCCGGCAGCUGGUGCGCUGCCUCGGCCGCUUCCGCUGCCCGGCCGAGGGCGAGGAGGGCGCCGUGGAGUUCCUGGAGCAGGCCCAGCAGGUGAGCGGGCUCCUGGCGCAGCUGUGGCGCGCGCAGCCCGCCGCCGUCCUGCCCUGCCUCAAGGAGCUGUUCGCCGUCAUCUCUGGCUCAGAGGAGGAGCCACCGUCCUGUGCCCUGGCCAGCGUGGUCCAGCACCUCCCCUUGGAGCUCAUGGAGGGCGUCGUCCGGAACCUCAGCAAUGACGACAGUGUGACAGACUCUCAGAUGCUGACUGCCGUCAGCAGGAUGAUCGACUGGGUGUCCUGGCCCCUGGGCAAGAACAUUGACAAGUGGAUCAUUGCACUGCUGAAGGGCCUGGCUGCUGUUAAGAAGUUCAGCAUCUUGAUUGAGGUUUCACUCGCCAAAAUUGAGAAGGUUUUCUCCAAGCUUCUGUACCCCAUUGUCCGGGGACCCGCCUUAUCCGUCCUCAAGUACAUGCUCCUGACCUUCCAGCACUCCCACGAGGCCUUCCACCUGCUCCUUCCUCACAUCCCCCCCGUGGUGGCCUCUCUGCUCAAGGAGGACUCCAACUCGGGGGCCAGCUGCCUGGAGCAGCUGGCAGAGCUGGUCCACUGCAUGGUGUUCCGGUUCCCGGGCUUCCCGGACCUGUAUGAGCCCGUCAUGGAGGCCAUCAAGGACCUCCAUGUCCCCAACGAGGACCGCAUCAAGCAGCUGCUGGGGCAGGAUGCCUGGACCUCGCAGAAGAGCGAGCUGGCUGGCUUCUACCCUCGACUCAUGGCCAAGUCAGACACGGGCAAGAUUGGCUUAAUCAAUCUGGGCAACACCUGCUACGUGAAUAGCAUCCUUCAGGCCUUGUUCAUGGCUUCUGACUUCAGACACUGUGUGCUCCGCUUGACUGAGAACAACUCCCAGCCCUUGAUGACCAAGCUGCAGUGGCUCUUCGCCUUCCUGGAGCACAGCCAGCGGCCUGCCAUUUCCCCGGAGAACUUCCUCUCUGCAUCCUGGACACCCUGGUUCAGCCCCGGCGCCCAGCAGGACUGCUCUGAGUACCUGAAGUACCUGCUGGAUCGGCUGCACGAAGAAGAGAAGACGGGGACCAGGAUCUGCCAGAAGCUCAAGCAGUCCAGCUCGCCGACCCCGCCGGAGGAGCCCCCUGGCCCAAGCGCCACCUCAGUGGAGAGGAUGUUCGGGGGCAAGAUCGUGACCCGGAUAUGCUGUCUCCGCUGCCUCAACGUCUCCUCCAGGGAGGAGGCCUUCACCGACCUCUCUCUGGCCUUUCCCCCACCUGAGCACUGUCACCGCCACCGCCUGGCCUCAGGGGUGCUGCCUGCGGAGGGCGUGGGAGUCCCAGAGUCUCCCCCACCGCCCCCAGCCCAGGUCCAAGGCCGGGCAGGUCCUCAGAGGCAGAGGAAACACUGCAUCACAGUGGCUGUCCCCCCAAACAUCCUGGACAUGGGAGGCCUGGGCUCCCAGAAACCUGGGGAGCAGAGCCAGGAGGAGAAAGUGGAGAAAGAGGAGGAAGCAGAGCAGGAGAAAGGAACAGAGGAAGAAGAAGGAAGGACUAAAGAGAAGGAGGAGGAGGAGAAGGAGGAGGAGGAGGAGGAGAAAGAGGUAGGAGAGGAGAAGAAGGUGGAGAAGCAGGAAUUCUCCAGCCCGGGCCCAGGCCCCCACAGGGCCGCCCCCGCCAGGGAGGCCUCCCGCUCCGUCCUGGACCUGGUCAACUACUUCCUGUCCCCGGAGAGGCUGCAGGAGGAGAACCGCUACUACUGCGAGCCCUGCGCCUCGCUGCAGGAGGCGGAGAAGGUGGUGGAGCUGAGCCAGGGCCCGCGCUACCUCAUCCUGACGCUGCUGCGCUUCUCCUUCGACCCGCGCACCCUGCGGCGCAGCAAGAUCCUGGAGGACGUGGCCCUGCCCCUGCUGCUGCGCCUGCCGCUGGCCGGGGGCCGCGCGCGGGCCUACGACCUGUGCAGCGUGGUGGUGCACUCCGGGGUGUCCUCCGAGAGCGGCCACUACUACUGCUACGCCCGCGAGGGCGCCCGGCCCGCCCCGCCCCUGGGCGCCGACAGGCCCGAGCCCGAGCACCAGUGGUAUCUGUUCAACGACACCCGCGUGUCCUUCUCCUCCUUCGAGUCUGUCAGCAACGUCACCUCCUUCUUCCCCAAGGACACGGCCUACGUGCUCUUCUACCGGCAGCGGCCGCCGCCCGGGGAGGGCCCCGAGGCGGAGCCGGGCUCCCCCCGAGGCCGGACGGAGCCCGCCCUCCACAAGGACCUGAUGGAAGCCAUUUCCAGGGACAACAUCCUGUUCCUGCAGGAGCAGGAGAAGGAGGCCCGGAGCAGGGCGGCCUACAUCUCCGCGCUCCCUGGCUCCCCGUGCUGGGGGCGGGGCUUCGAUGAAGACAAGGAUGAGGACGAAGGCUCUCCCGGGGGCUGCAGCCCUGCAGGUGGCAGCGGUGGUGACUUCCACAGACUGGUCUUCUAA